AUGCUACUCCCGUUUCCUGCCCCUUCGGAGCGGCGAGGAGUGGGUGAGGCGGGGCCGGGCUGCUGCACCAAGCAGCCCCCCGAGCCGAGGGCGGACGGGCCCCGCGGCGGGGGCGCCAAGGGCCUGCCCGGGGAUGGAGGGCAGGCCGGCCUCGGCCCAGCGGCGGGCGCGCGAGGGGAGGGCAGCCGGCGGGAAGGAGCCCCUUCCCUGCGCCCCCUCGCCCCGGGCAGUCUGGCCGACCCGGCCCAGAGGCCUGACCCCGGGAGACCCCCCGCUUUGAGGCGGGCAACGGCUGCCCUCGCCCAGGCCGCCCGGCCCUCAGGUUGUAUGACUGUGACGGGCUGA